AUCGUGAGAACCAGUCAAUCCUGAUCACCGGAGAAUCUGGUGCAGGGAAGACUGUGAACACAAAGCGUGUCAUCCAGUACUUUGCAACAAUUGCAGCAAGUGGGGAGAAGAAAAAGGAGGAGCAGUCUGGCAAAAUGCAGGGAACGCUUGAGGAUCAAAUCAUCAGCGCCAACCCACUGCUGGAGGCCUUUGGAAAUGCCAAAACUGUGAGGAACGACAACUCCUCACGCUUUGGCAAAUUCAUCAGAAUCCACUUUGGAGCUACCGGCAAACUGGCUUCUGCUGACAUUGAAACUUAUCUGCUGGAGAAGUCCAGAGUCACUUUCCAGCUCAAGGCAGAAAGAAGCUACCACAUAUUUUACCAGGUCACGUCCAACAAGAAGCCAGAGCUAAUUGAAAUGCUCCUCAUUACCACCAACCCAUAUGACUUCCCUUUUGUGAGUCAAGGUGAGAUCACUGUUCCAAGCAUUGAUGACAAGGAGGAGUUGAUGGCUACAGAUAGUGCCAUUGACAUCCUGGGCUUCACUGCUGAUGAAAAGACUGCCAUCUACAAGCUGACCGGGGCUGUCAUGCACUACGGGAACUUGAAGUUCAAGCAGAAACCAAGAGAGGAGCAGGCAGAGCCAGAUGGCACAGAAGUUGCUGACAAGGCUGCCUACCUCAUGGGUCUGAAUUCAGCUGACAUGCUCAAGGCACUAUGCUACCCCCGAGUCAAGGUUGGGAAUGAAUACGUGACCAAGGGUCAAACUGCGCAACAGGUGCACAAUGCUGUAGGUGCUCUGGCAAAGGCUGUCUAUGAGAGGAUGUUCUUGUGGAUGGUUGUUCGCAUCAACCAACAGCUGGAUACGAAGCAGCCCAGACAGUACUUCAUUGGUGUCCUGGACAUUGCUGGCUUCGAGAUCUUUGAUUUUAACAGCUUUGAGCAGCUGUGCAUCAACUUCACCAAUGAGAAACUGCAACAGUUCUUCAACCACCACAUGUUCGUGCUGGAGCAGGAGGAGUACAAGAAGGAAGGAAUUGAAUGGACAUUCAUUGACUUUGGGAUGGACUUGGCUGCUUGCAUUGAGCUGAUUGAGAAGCCCAUGGGCAUCUUCUCCAUCCUGGAAGAGGAGUGCAUGUUCCCCAAGGCAACUGACACCUCUUUCAAGAACAAGCUCUAUGACCAGCAUCUGGGCAAGUCCAGCAACUUCCAGAAGCCCAAACCUACUAAAGGGAAGGCUGAGGCCCACUUCUCCCUGGUGCACUAUGCUGGUACAGUAGACUACAACAUCACUGGCUGGCUUGAGAAGAACAAAGACCCCCUGAAUGAAACUGUCAUUGGGUUGUACCAGAAAUCAUCACUGAAAACAUUGGCUUUACUCUUUGCCAACUAUGGUGGAGCAGAAGCAGAGGCUAGUACUGGCAAGAAAGGUGGCAAGAAGAAGGGUUCUUCUUUCCAGACUGUCUCAGCUCUUUUCCGUGAGAAUUUAAACAAGCUGAUGACCAAUCUGCGAAGUACCCACCCCCAUUUUGUACGCUGCAUCAUCCCAAAUGAAACAAAGACACCUGGUGCCAUGGAGCAUGAACUGGUGCUUCACCAGCUGCGGUGUAAUGGUGUGCUGGAAGGCAUCAGAAUUUGCAGGAAAGGGUUUCCCAACAGAGUCCUGUAUGCAGAUUUUAAACAGAGAUACAAAGUACUGAAUGCAAGUGCUAUCCCAGAGGGACAGUUCAUUGACAGCAAGAAGGCCUGUGAGAAGCUUCUUGGAUCAAUUGAUAUAGACCACACUCAAUAUAAAUUUGGUCACACCAAGGUGUUCUUCAAAGCUGGGCUGAUAGGCCUCUUGGAAGAGAUGAGAGAUGAGAAGCUGGCACAGCUCAUCACCCGCACACAGGCCAGGUGCAGGGGCUUCCUGAUGAGAGUGGAAUACCAGAGAAUGGUGGAGAGGAGAGAGUCCAUCUUCUGUAUCCAGUACAAUAUUCGUGCAUUCAUGAAUGUCAAGCACUGGCCCUGGAUGAAGCUGUUCUUCAAGAUCAAGCCCUUGCUGAAGAGUGCAGAAUCUGAGAAGGAGAUGGCCAACAUGAAACAAGAGUUUGAGAAAAUCAAGGAAGAGCUUGCAAAGUCUGAGGCAAAAAGGAAAGAGCUGGAGGAGAAAAUGGUGAAAUUGGUUCAGGAGAAAAAUGACCUGCAGCUCCAAGUGCAGGCUGAAGCUGACGCUUUGGCUGAU